GUUCAAACAUUUUCAAAAUUUACAAGUGGGAAAUUUUCUUCAUAUCCUUGCCAAAGUCGCCGAUUGCUUGUUUCGAAUGACACCGAUUCUUCUUUGUCCAUGAGAAGUCAAUUUUAGAAUGUCGUAAAAGAAAACCUGAAGUUCGGGAUUUUGAAGAUGAGAGGAGCGGACUUGGAAGCCUGCUCAUGUCCUUUCUCCGUCGUUGGCUGAGUAUGGGGAAGAAUCUACAGCCCGAUGCACCCCGCCCGAAUCAGUCUCAACCAACUCAAGAUGGACCCUCACCAACAAGAGCACCUGGCGGCUCGGCUGUGGACAAAAGUGAUACCUGUGGCGGCCCAGGGAGUUCCUCUAAAUCCAAAGGCGCAUAUUCUUCCUCCACCUCAAACCCCGAAUACGAACAAGUCAAAUCUCGAAUCAAAACUUUCAGGACCCAACUUUUCAAACGCAAUUCGCACCAGGAGCUCCUUGCUAAAAGAAAGGAUCUCAAAGCACAAAGCGUUCCGCAGAACGAGUUGUCUGACGUUCAAGGAGCCGCUGAUCGAAGAGGCGUCAGUGCGGCCCGACGUCCAGGUGACCGAGCUCCCACCUCCGAAGGUGCUCGUCUUAGACGUGAACGGUGUGACGUGAGGGCAGCGGCCAAAACGCUCUCACCCGUUAUCCGACACCACACAGCCGCCACGGCCGUCUCUCAAUUCCGCGUCAUCGACGAGGCAAGGAACAAUCUCCGCCACAAGAAGUCGCGAUUGACGGCAGGAAACAACGGGUCCAGCUGGAAGGGCCACCAGAAGCCCUCCGAUGAUGACCACAAUGGUGGAUCUCACAAUGCGGUGUUCGGGUACAUGACCUUUGAGGAGCACGACGGGUCCAUGUUCCGAGACGACGAUUUUGCCGCUGUAUCACCAGACUGCGGGUCAUACGAUCAACUACCCUUUCACACGGUGCCGGUGCCUUUUGACCAAAGUCACAGGUCGACGAGGCAACCUCCUCAAGGUCAGGUCCAGGUGGACGCUUUCCAUAGGUCACCACGACCCCCCGAGCUGCAUGGCACCACGGACCAAUUAUUUCCUCACGUUCCUCAUCGAUCGCCCGAUGAGCGAGGAUCUGGCAAUCGUGAACGACUGGCGGGAGAAUGUAAUGCUGGCCAAACACCUGGCACUGGACGCAUAGCUGGCCCACCGUUGACGAGGGAAGGUGUGCGCUGUGAUCAGGAAAAAGCCGAGGAACGCACUGCUGAUCAGCAAGCCGCCUCUUGUGAACAAGGAAAUCCUCAGUCACCUGAGGAUAAUCGACCUACGAUCGGAGGAAUCAAGCUGCCAACCGUGGCUUACAUUAAGAAAUGGCUCCGGGAACAUGGCGAUGAAGUAGUAUCUUCAGACUCCUCCAGUGCAAAGUCGUGGAUAUCAACUACGACCGAGCUCACAUCGAGUGAGCAUGACGACUUACAAAAAAGCGAAGAGGGUAAUCAUACGUGGUCCUUGGACUCUAAAAUGGGCGAACUAGAAGAAAUGAUUGCGAGAGUCGCGGCUGAUCAUAAAUUUUUUGGAAUAGAUACUGAAUCUAACCCAAAAUCACCGCCGGGAGAAAAUGUAGCAUCCGAUUCCAGAAAGUCGACCUCUGUUCCUGAGCACCCGGGAAACGCUAGUAGAGAAAAACUUGGAGAGCUACGCCAAGCCAUAGAAGGGCGGAAAUCGGUGGAGAGUCAUCUGUCCGAUGUUCGGGACCAACUGCAAAGUUUAGGGAGCUCAGCGUCUGACGAGGACCCCCGCUUGGAUGGAAACCAACCGUUACCGAACUCCAAAGCCUCACAGAAAACGAGUGAGUCGUCCCCACGUUCAGGUGACUUACGCCUCACAGAGAGAAAGGAAGACAGCCAAUCAGGAGGCCGGAUACACCAGGUCAUCAUCAAUGACCGCACCUUAGCGGAUGGUACCUAUGCAACGGAUGAUGAUUCGGCGGAAUCUUCAAAACAACAAGAGGUAUUAUUUGGAAUUUUAGAACAGCUCAAGGAAACGAAAGAGGUUUUAGACGAGUUCGAGCAAAAUUUAAAGUCAAAAUCAGAGAGAACCGAGAGAGAUUUCCCGAAAGACGUUCAAACACGUCAGGUGAUAGCUCUGAUUGAGGACGAAGGUGAUGUGAAAGGCAUGCGAGGCCAAAUUAGAAUAACGUCCUAUUCAAAUCCUGAUCUAACAGAAGGAGAAUCUCCGGAAUUUAGUAGGCAGAACAACUCAUUAGGAAAUGAAUAUUUUGAGGGCAACGGAGCUUUACCUGCUAUAGAGAAUCCCACUAUUGUACAACUGAAAGAGCAAUUUGGAAUGCAAUGCAGCCUACACAACAUGCCUCCUUCAUUACACAAUUUUGCGACCAUGGAAAGAGCGCCGAUGACGUCCGAUAGAAAGGAUCGAAACGUAAGACAUGAGUCUGUCCCAACUCCACGAGCAGCUGAGAAAACAGAGCAUCGCCGAAAAUCCUUGCCAACUGGCAUCAUGAGAUCUUUAGCAAAAGGUAUAUUGCAAUCUAUAUUAGCAUCUCAGCCGCUCACGCGGUUUGGUGCACAAGAAUCGUCUGUUGAUGUUGGAGAAACACUACCACAAAGCCAAGACGGGAAACGCGAAAGUGAAGGAAACUUACCUCUAGAUAGUCCAGAGAUCCCUGCAGUUGAUGGAGGGUGUAUCAAACGUAGGAUGGAUGUUGCAGAGACGCUUGCAGGUAUUAAUGAAGAAUAUCAGCAACUUCUGAAUUUGGCAAAUAUUCCUCCGAAGGACCAAGACGAUAGAGCACCAACUCAACAGAAAUCCUCUAUCCUGGAUGAUGAUGUGUUUUAUUACGAUUCCAUUGACAUGACUGACACCGCAAAACAACCCAAAGAAAACACUGGAUCUUCAUUGCCUAUCAAUGAGGGUCCCAAAUCCGGUAGUCUACAGCACUCUCAUGACCUAUCGUCGCAUUCAUCGACGCGGGGGAGAAGAUUCCUACUCCAACAAAUGCCUUUUUACUCAGAGGAACCCUCUUUGAAUGUUUCACGUGUAAUAAGUGACAGCAAUAAGGCAAGGAGAUCAUUAUUCCAACCGAGGCCAUUUUAUUUACAAGACUCGUCCCCAGUGAAUACAGAUGGAAACCUGUCUCACGAAAUGUCUAAAUCGUUGGGAAAGAGUAGUUCAUCUAAAGGAGGGAUUUCAGGUCCGCACAGGAGACCAGCACCGUUCAAUUUUCAAGACGGGACAUUCAUUCACACAGAUGUGAAUGAUGUGGUGAAUUCGCGGGCCAACAUCAGUAUGAAUGGAGUCGGUCCCAUAGUGGUGCCUCAAAGUGCUUUUCAAAAUUUGCCAUCUCAUUUUGCAAGGGAGUCAUACUACGAACCUCGCAGAGCGGACCAUUUCAUAAGGCUCCCACAAGCCGGACCGAACAGGGUUGAGAAUGUGACUUUCGACUCGCCACAAUCUUUAUGGCAACAAUACACGAGUGAUGAGAGAGAAGCCCAAAAUUUCCGGACAAUGAGCGAAUCGGAGCGUAGGAGGAUGGAGAGAAUGUUGGCGCCGAAUCCGACCAAUUGCAAAGAUUACCAGUUGACCUGUCGCUGGGAGCGAGUCCGUCAGCCAGGUCCAGAGCCACGUGAACUGGAUAUAUAUCGAACCCCUUUCAGAGACCCGAGUCUACAAUCGAUGCCCAAUAGAGUCCUUUUCCCUUCACAUUCGGGCCAAGUAGGAGGGACGUUCCCUCAAAGGUUCGGAAUUGACACGAGGGAGACCCACUCUGCGUACAUUCCUCGUGUUGGACAACCAGUGCAGCAUAUCCCCCUGCAAUCACGCACUGCUCCACCGCGUAUAGGAAUGGAGGACCAGAUGGAGCCAGAGUUCGUAGCCCCACAGUUGAGGAGAUGGCAGGUGCAACCAGAGCUCCGGGAAACUCUCGACGAGCAGGCAUAUGCGCGGGCACGAGAAGAGAGAAGACUUGCAAGAAUAGAAAAUUGCAAGAAAGCAUGCGAAGAUUGGUCUCUCGGCUCUUCGUUGACGGAGGAGAGUUUCAGUGGCAUGCCAUCACCACCGUCUGGUACUUAUGUGGUUGCUCCCAAUGAAACAUCACCGUAUUCUGCUCAAAGUGAUACAUACUACGAAGAUACACCGUCCGUAUAUGGUUUCGAUACCUUCAUACCGAGCAGCCAUUCAACGUCUCUCGUUCGGCCCAGAUAUCAACAAUAUAACUCGACCCUGACCCACGAAAGUACUGGACUUAAUAAUGGCACGCAAGACCGUUUUCCUCCUAAUCGCACGAUCGAUUUAGAGCCAAAACCGAUUUCAUCUAAAGUUUCUUCGAGGGCAUAUCUUUCAUGCCCUCACAUACCUUCAAUUCAUCAGCCUAUAGCUGUAGCGCAUGAUCUAAACGCAGUCGCAUUGUCCAAGACGCUUGGUAUUCACCCCAAUGUAACAGGUAGCGAAUACUUUAUUGCUGAUAGGGGAGGCAUAGGACGUAAUCGAAACCAACCAGGCAUUAACGCUCCAGCGGUGAUGGAGGAAAAUCUCUCUUCAGGUGCUGUCAUUGCAUUUCCCAGAGAUAACGAUACAUUUUUUCCCAACCGAAUGCACAGUUCGCUUCCUUGCCAUUCUGUUUUCACCAGGGAGGUUUCAGAUUCCAGACCAAUGCAUAGUACUCUUACACAUGGCCUCCGUGCUAGUCAUUCUCUUUCGUAUUUGAACCCACCGCGGGAUGCAAAUUUGCUAUUACAACCCUCUUCCUAUUCCGAAAGGCAAAUACAACAUCAUAAUUUACCACAGACUUAUUCUAAUUUCAAUGGAUCGCACAAUUGGCAGCACAUAUCUCCUCAGUUUACAUCUUCUGCGAGGUCCAUUUACGAUGUUCAAAAAUCACGCUCUAAUAAUGGUAGUCCAAGCAGCGCUCAUGAAAAUGCACAAUUUUCAUCACAGCACAACGGAACUUUCCGAAAGGUUACACACCAAUUUCCAAGUGUAAAUAGGAGCCCUCAAGAUACUGAUGCUUUGGAACGUUUUUUACGGAAUGGCGCCCAUACCCAUGAAAGUGGUGCGGAUAAUCAAGAACUUCAAAUGAUGUACAGAAGACUCGAUACGGCGCAAAGCACAAAUCCGUCCGUGACUUUUAAUGCGCAGCCUGAGUCAGAGAGAAAAACGCCCUCUCAAAGUAUCAGUCCAGAACAAAAUUGCCCAGGUUCAAGGGUUAUUCCUGAAAUGUAUGAACAUUCGCCGCUUUCGCAGAAUAUGGCAGUCCGAUUAAAUACAAGCUCAAGCCCGGAUGAAGGCUUUCAAGUAGACGGAAAGCAACCUCAAGCAGAUUAUCGGCCUCAACAAUACCACCCAUCCAAAUCUUUUUCGUGCUCUUUUCAAAUUCAUAAAAAAGCUCCUCAACCAUGCAUUCAUGGCACAAAAGAUGCAGGUGCUGACUCGUGCUUGAAUGAGUUUCAGAAUGAAGGUAAGCGGGGGAAAACAGCUUCGUAUUUGGAAAUCAAUUUCGAAAAAAGCGGUAGAAAAAGCGCUUCAUCAGUUUUCAAUGGCAAUAACACCGUUGGUCAGUCACCCUCAACUUACAUUCGUACUAUGAGGGAACCUCAUUAUAAUAAAGCUCAUGAUGAUUUCCUACCUUUGCCUGAAUACAAACCUCCUCCAAGACGUGUCAGUUGUAUUGACUCUACGCCACGUCACAACUACCCGUAUCCUAGACCACCCUCCGGUUUGCCAGCUUCAACAUCGACUCCAAUCUCCCGCGCUCUUCCAUUUUCCAAUAGGGCUGCCAAUGAAUUCACCCAAUGCAACUCUCCUCGAGAUUUGAAAGAUAGUUAUAAGGUGAAAGACGGCAGGGACGAUUCCGACUCAUGCUCCGAAUAUUCCUCAUCUUCGUCAGGCAAGGCACCAGUUAAGUCUCAUUCCUCAUCCAGCGGACCUCAUGAAGCGAAUUUCAUCCCUUUGCCACAAAUCCCCACUAGAACCAUCGCUGAAGUCGUUGAGGCAAAUCGGAACCAUUAUUCAAAGGGUCAAAGUAAUAUAUCUCCAGAGAAUACUUGUACCUUCAUCCCUUUGCCACAAACUCCCUCUAGAACUAUCGCCGAAGUCAUUAAGGCAAAUCGGAACUAUUAUUCAGAGGGGCAAAGUAAUAAAUCUCCAAAAAAUACUUGUACCUUCAUCCCUUUGCCACAAACUCCCUCUAGAACUAUUGCCGAAGUCGUUGAGGCACACCGUAAUAUGUCUCCACCAUAUGCACAAUAUUCUCCCGCUCCUCAUCUAAAGACAUAUUUUCAACCCUCCAAGAGUGGGCACCUAAUCGAUCCUGAUGGAUUUGAGUUACCACAGCCAUACGCAGUUCCAGAUAGACUCAACGUCUGCCCGGGGACAUUCCCCAGGCCCAGUACUCAGAUGAGAGUUCAAGAUGAAUAUGGGCAAAUCCAUCGAAUACCCUAUGACCUGAAAACUGAUCAGGGUUAUAUUCGACCGCCAAGACCGCCUCGCCCCCGAGCCGAUUCCGUGCAUAAUUAUCUUGUAGUCGAUCAGAAUAAAAUAAUCACGGCUGCAGACAUUCAUACCCCUCCACCUGACUAUGAGAAUAGGUAUACGCAGGAGGGAAAAACUUUCAGGAGAAACCCUCAAAUUCAACCUCCCGGUGAAGUACAGACUAAUUGCAAAGGUUUGCAACACAGUGAUAUUCAGCAGAGUUUCCAUCAGCCGGCCCAGUCUUACGACCAAAUAACGGACGAGUGUGCUCCCUCAAGAAUAAGCGAUAAAUUUGUAUUCAACGAGACGCUUGAUUCUAAAGCUUUGGCAGAUGAAAGUCCCCCUCCAUUUUUUCGGAAGCAAGAUUGGGACUCGGAUACUCCUAAGAUGUUAGCAGAUGAGAGUCCUCCUCCAUUCUUCGCAAGGCAAGAGUGGGACUCGAGUUCUGCUACGAGUGAUGAGAAGUGCUCGCAAGGAAAUUGUAACAUGAUGUCACCUAAACGCUUAUCCUUUCCGAGCAGCCCUGAAAGUAUCCAAGACAGAAAGGACCCCGUGAGUACGGAUUGUUUACUACCUGAGGCGCCUUCAACGAUCAAGUCAAAAUUUGAGGGCAUUUUAAAGAAAAACGAAAUUAGAGAAGUACAGUCUGCGUCAGGAGAAGUAUUCAAGGAUGAUGUUGAGACAUGCGAACUUGCUAAAUAUCCAAAUGAUCCCUCUAGUAAAUCAGCAAAGGAUGUAACUUCGUCAAAACCUAUCGCUGAAAAUGCUCUGUCCCCUUUCAUUCCAUUGUGCAACUCCACAAAAAUUGACGAAAAUUUGGAACAUUCAAGGGAUUCAUUUUCCUGUUCACCUAAGAUUGAGGGAAAUGAAAUAGUUCCAGACGGAGACAUUUUAGUGCCACAUAAUCUGUUUUGUGACCCUAGGAAUAGUCAAACCUUUAAAACUCCCUCAAAUGGCAAUGCAGAAUAUAUAAAUUAUGCCCCGUGUAAUUUGGGUAUAGCUCAGGCCAUUAAGACUCCUUUUAACAGAAAUUCCCUACCAUCAAAUACUCCUGAGGCUGAUUCAGUCGCAAAUAAGAGCAAGGAGGCUUUAGAACGUUGGAAGAGCUUUCGUUCGGGCAAUGCAGUUUUGGUUGACGCAAUGAAAAGUCAGUCAAAUGGUGGCUCUCAAGAACCGAAUGAUUCCGUUCGCAAAUUAACAAUGACUGAUAAAAUCCAAACUUGCUCCAGAAAAAAUUUAAAAGCACCUCCUGGGCCUUUUUCCAGCACUACAUCUAUGGGAGGGACCAUUCAGAGUCCCUUCAAUGAAAACUCUCCACUUUCAACGAUUUUCUCUAACGACGCAGCUCUAGCGAAAACCGAGAAAACUUUGGCUCGUUGGAGGAAAUUCCGCUCAUGUAAUUUACCUUUGGAUAAUGCUAUGGAUAAUCAAUUAUACAGAAAUUUGCAAGACUCCAAUGACGAUAAUGAAAAUUUAACAACGUUUGAAUGCAAUAGCACUCCCUCAAACAAAAAUUCGGAGCAUCUCGACGAUUCGUCAUGUAGCUUACCCGUGACAGGGACCAUCGAGAAUAUGCUGAAAGGAAAAUGUUUGCUCCAUUGUGAUCGUUCGGGCAGCGAGUCAACAGUCCACGCCCUGGAGAAUUGCUUCAACAACCUGACGGCUCUUGACGCUCUAGAAAACCGCUUAAGAAAAGUGACGACGGGAAGCGCCGCACAGAUUUGUUCAAGCGAAAAAGCGGAUCGUCCACAAAAUCUAAUGAGCGAAUCGGCUUGGACCAACACUUUGGACAUUUUUUUGAAACCCUCGAGUCAUUUAAUAACGGUCGAGUCUAUAAGAACUUACUUGAACGAAAAUGCGGACGAUCCUGAUAGUUCAUCCUGCAGCUCAGCGGUAAUUGAAGGCGAAAAGAGGUCCUCAGAUGGGGAUACUUCGCUUCAAGGUGAUGUCUCAGGCUACGUGUUAACGUUUAGCGACCCGGGGAAUCCCUUUAACGCUGCGAAAAUUUGCUCGAAUAGGAAUGAUGACUAUUCAGAUAAUCUAAAAUGUGAUUCCGCUUGGACUGACACGAUGGAAAUAUGCUUGAAGCCAGCGAGCAGCAGAACAACCAUCCAUUCCAUGCUACCCUGCUUAAACCAGAAGGAGGGUAAUCCUAAUGUCUCAUCAUAUAAUGUACUUGUGGUUGAGGCCAAAGACAAUAACUCCCAAGAUAACAUUCUACCCCAAGGUGAUCUCUUGGGCAGCGUAUCGAUAGAUGAGGAGCAAGGGAACCAUCUCAAUGGCUCGAGGGUGGCUCACGCUUUGGAGCUUUGCUCGAAUGGAAAUGUUGAUAAUUUGAAUAACGAAAAAACUGACUCGCCUUUGGUUGAUCAAAGGUUAUCAAAGAGCAACGAUUGCGGAAAUGCUGAUCAUCCAAAUAAUAAUCGGGGGUAUAAUUCAACCCCGGUGGACCCAACGGAGGGCAUUUUGAACCAUUCGAGCUCCUCAACAGCGGUUGACGCCCCGACACCUCUCUCGAAAAAAAAUGCAGAGAUCGCGCUACCUCAGUAUGGAUCGGCGCGAAGGUUAACAGAGGAUAAAUCCACGAGGAGCUGCAACGACGUCACUGUUCGGCAAAGAAAAGAGUCGUUGAGUAUUGAUACGUUAUUGCCUCAGACGGACUCAUCUCAAAGACUCCGCAAGGAUAAAACCAUGGCGAGUUGCUCGAAGAAAAAUUGUCAACCACCUAACCAGUCCCGGAGCAGAAAAGGUAUCACUGCAGGUGCCGAGGAUAUUGUUCAGAAUGAUGUGCUCCAUCCAGGCUGCGUAACUGUAUUUGAGGUCUUGGAUAGUCCCUCGAUCCGAAAUUGCCAACAUCCAAAUGAUCAAUGCGGGUCUUCAUCUGCUCGCCGAGGCUGUAACUCGGAGCUCACCGUUUAUGCGACUCCCGGGAAAGAGCCGAUAUUUGAAGACAUAGGGACUACUGCGCCGGUGCCUAUCUCGAGAUUUACAGGAAUCGAGAUGACAAGAGACAGUUCGAGCAGAGACAUUCUGAGUAAAGCAGACGUAUCGAAGGGCCUCGCGACAUAUGUUGAAAAAAACAGCGGCUCGAAUCCCAUUGCACAUUUUCCACCGUGCAAAUCAGGGAUUAUUCAGGUCGUAGAGUAUGAAAAUGGGCCGUGUUUGAAUUGCUCUUCCUGCAGGGUAGCAACGGAUUGCUCGGAUGUAAAAACCCAAUAUUCAAAGGAGUCCUCAUGUGGGGUAGUAUCACCGGCACCAAAGAAGAAUAGUUCAAAUAGUAAUAUCACGCAUAUGAAUAGAUUUUGUGCGAUGGAAUCUGCGACCAAUCAUCCGAAUGUUCAGCAUGUUAAUAAUCAAUUUGACACGCCAGCAGCCGCUCCAGUAUCUACCUCCGGGGGUGCUUUUUACGUGAGCCCCAAUUCAGGGCCAAGAUAUGAAGUCAAAAUUGGAGCGAUUACACCGUCUCAUUUUCCAGUUUGCCCCACAGACUCCAUGGACUCAGGGGCCUCCGCCAAGACAUCACACCCCGGACUGUCCAAACCCUGCCUGGCGUAUAGUUUAGAGUUCUUCCAACCUGACGAACUUCCCGCCCUCGGAACAGACGAUGGCACGGAGAAUGACUUGAAAUGCACGAAAAGAGAGCGAAAAAAUUGGUGUCUCGUGGAAAAAAUCCGAAAUUCUCAUGAAAGCGAACUAUUAAAGGACCUAAAUGAUGAUCCUCGUUUUUUGCUACUGACGUACCGGCUCGUGGGGUCAAAGGUGACAAAAAAUCCUUUCUCUAAACUUACAACAGACGAUAAGAUACGGCUGGUGGAAGAGUUAAAAAAAGAAAUGCCUCGUGGUGAAUGCGCCUUCAUCGAGCGAUUGCAUAGAUUAGAAGAAGAGUUGGACGAAAUUGGAUUUCUUGAUUAUUGAUAGACACUGUCCAAUUUCACCACCGUCCUCACAUCUGUUCUAUCUAUGGACCUUCGGUGGAAUCGCGAGCAAAAUUAUCUGAAAAA